AUGGCGACAGCAUCGGCCUUUGACCCGACACAUGUCGAUCUCACCACCGUCAACCAAGCAGACGUCAUUUGUUACUUCUCCCUUGGCAAGAACGAAUACAAUGGUCUGCUGGGAGCCCGGAUAUCUUCCAUCUUCGUCAUCGGCUUCGUCUCCACAUUCGUAACAUACUUCCCCGUUGUCGCGCGCAGGAAGCCCUCGUGGAAGAUUCCCAUGGGCCUCUACACAUUCGCGCGCUUCUUCGGCUCCGGCGUCAUCGUCGCUACAGCAUUCAUCCACCUGCUGGAUCCCGCAUACGAAGCCAUUGGCCCGGGCAGCUGCAUCGCCGCCAGCGGAGAAUGGGCCGUGUAUCCCUGGUGCGCCGCCAUCGUCCUAGCCUCCAUCAUGUUCGUCUUCUGCGUCGAUCUCGGCGCAGAAGUAUACGUCGAACGCCGCUUUGGUGUCACAAAGCCAGAAGACGCGACCUCGAGUGCAUUCGUCCGCACCGCGGCGCCAGACGCUACAACCAUCGUAGACACAGAAGCAGGCCCCCAAGCCCAGCCAUCCCAUCAAGACGCCCCAGGAAAAGAUACCGCAAGUCUCUCCAACGCCUCCAUCACCACGACAUGCACCGCAGCCCGACUCUCCUUUGCCCAGCAAAUCGGCGCCUUCCUCGUCCUGGAAUUUGGAAUCAUAUUCCACUCGGUCAUCAUCGGCAUGAACCUCGGCGUCGUAGCCUCGUCGACCUUCACAACCCUGUACCCGGUCCUCGUCUUCCACCAGUCCUUCGAGGGCCUCGGCAUCGGCGCCCGCCUCUCAAACAUAGCAUUCCCAGCCGACAAAUCCUGGAUGCCCUGGGCCCUCUGUGCGCUUUACGGACUCACCACCCCGGUUUCCAUUGCCGUCGGCCUGGCGCUCAGAACUACUUACGCGCCUGAGAGCAGAGUCAGCAUGAUUUUCCAAGGCGUCCUGAAUGCCGUGAGCGCCGGCUUCUUGAUCUACAGUGGCUUAGUCGAGCUGCUUGCAAAGGACUUUUUGUUUGACAAGGAGAGGACCAAAAAUAUGCAGAGACUGGGUCUCAUGCUCGCAUAUGUGUUUCUUGGUGCGGCUAUCAUGGCUUUGAUUGGGUAUUGGGCAUAG